CCCUGAGUCUGCUGCACAUGCCCCGAAAUAUAAGGAAGCUCUUGUAAGUCAUGUGGGAUGUAACACUGGCAACACAUCCAUGCUCAUGAGAAAGAAACCCUUCAGUUGUGAUGAGUGUGGGAAAAGAUUUACACAACAGGGACAUCUGAAGUCACACAUGAGAGUCCACACGGGAGAGAAACCAUUCAGUUGUGAUGCGUGUGGGAACAGAUUUACAGAACAGGGACAUCUGAAGAGACACAUGAGAGUCCACACAGGAGAGAAACCAUUCAGUUGUGAUGUGUGUGGGAAAAGGUUUGCACGUCAGGGACAUCUGAAGAGACACAUGAGAGUCCACACAGGAGAGAAACCAUUCAGUUGUGAUGAGUGUGGGAAAAGAUUUACAGAACAGGGAAAUCUGAAGAGACACAUGAGAGUCCACACAGGAGAGAAACCAUUCAGUUGUGAUGAGUGUGGGAAAAGAUUUACAGAACAGGGAAAUCUGAGGACACACAUGAGAGUCCACACAGGAGAGAAACCAUUCAGUUGUGAUGCGUGUGGGAAAAGAUUUACAGAACAGGGACAUCUGAAGUCACACAUGAGAGUCCACACAGGAGAGAAAUCAUUCAGUUGUGACGAUGGGAAAAGAUUUACAGAACAG